UCAGUUGCCAGUGUUGCUUUACUGAGGUACACGAAAAUAUUAUUCGGCAAAAGCCGUCGGAGUAAAUAAAUUUAUUUUUGGCGGCUUAGAUUAUUACAAAAGAAUGGAAAUAGUUGCACGAGCGUCAACACCAGCAGUUGAUGUUCAGAUUAAUGACACUGCUCUUAGACUCAGAAUACGAGAAUAUGCUCGGCAGCAGCGAAAGGAAUUAAGAACAAAUACAACAGAUGCACUGCGCUUUGGGUUAGGGCAGAUCAAGGAUAAAAUUAGCGAAUUGGAAAAUCUUGGAAUCAAGGAUGUACAGGGAAUGGCGAGUCGCAUAAAGCGUCGUAAGCAUGCCACCGGAGAAGAUAUGUAUCGGCUAAGCCAUGCAUUUCUGCAGGGUAACGAAAAUAUAACCGCCUUUGCAGAAGUGCAGGGCGCAACUCAAGUUAUAAUUAAAGAAUUCACAGGUACGCAGAUGCAACGCCAAAUUGAAGCAGCCGAAUGCCUGUGCAACUAUUCAUUAGGCGAUGCGCAUGUCUGCGAGAAAAUAACAACAAUGGCUGGCAGCUACCUGGUCACAUUCUUGGAUAGUAAGGAGCCAAGGCUCAAGCGCAGCUGCCUUUGGACGCUAGCUAACAUUUUGGCCACGUGCACCAAAUCCGCCAGCAUGUUGCUGCAAAUGCAAUUGGCCAGCAAAUUGUGGAAAUUGUAUACUUUACCUGUAAACGAUAUCAAUGGCUAUCAUGAAGAUGCUGCUAUAUGCUUGUAUUUAAUAGCCAAUAGAGCAGCCUCCUCUAUUACUGCAGAGGAUCGGCGGUAUAUUGCAGAGAAUCUGCACAAAAAGCAGCCAGGCGAAGCAGCUGCCGAUUAUUUGAUGUAUAUUGUAUUUCAAUUAGAAAUUGUUAGCCGCGAGCGUGAUUUAUGCGCACCUCACUUUCAACAUUUGUUACAGUUUUUCGUGGAAAAUCUCAAUUUGAAUAUGAACACAGCUGCCGACAAGUUGCGCAUCGUUUACGGCGUACGUGUGGUUGCAAACAUCUUUGCCACACGCCCAUCUAUGGGCCAAUUGGAAUUGCAGGCAGAGCACCUGGUGAACGUUUUGAAUAAACUGUUUGCCUUGCGGGACACGAAUCUAACAAUGGAUUUAAUGCAGCUGCUAAAAAACCUCAUCGAAGCUCAAUUGCUGGACAAUGAACUUCUGUUGGAACACAUUCGGGUCUAUGCUUAACCAAUAACCUUUUGAAUUGAGGUGCACAAAAAACUGAAUUUAAAU